UGAUUCUCUAAUGGUCGGUAUAAAUUAAAGAUACAGGGGAUGAUAGAGCGCAAUCACUCGCAGUACCAAGGUUAUCGCGCAUUGGCGAUCCGGAAAAGAUGUACCCAAAAUUUUUUGCGGUGCUGAUUCUGGCCUUGCACGUUGCCUUAAGCACUGGAACAUUCGGUGGAGGAAAAGAACAUGUACAUAUCAGAGUUCACGUGCCUAGUCAAGAAGUCCAUCACAAGGAAGUGAUUAAAAUUCACGAUCAUGGAGGCGGUGGCGGACAUGGCGGAGGUGACGACCAUCACGGUGGUGGUGGAUUCGGCGGAGGAUUUGGCGGUGGAUUCGGAGGUGGUUUUGGAGGAGGCGGCGGCUACGGUGGCGGCCAUGGAGGAGGUGGAGGCGGAGGAUACGGUGGCGGAGGAGGCCAUGGCGGUGGAGGUCAUGGCGGUGGAGUUUCACAUACGAUCAUAAUCAAUGGUGCAGGUGGAGGCCAUGGAGGUGGACACGGAGGAGGUGGAGGAUAUGGCGGAGGAGGCGGCUAUGGAGGAGGUGGUGGACACGGAGGAGGUGAUGACCACCACGGGGGAGGCGGCAGCUACGGUGGCGGAGGAGGAGGAGGAUAUGGUGGCGGACAUGGCGGUGGAGGUGGACAUCAAGUUAUAACACUGCAUGGAGGAGAUCCGUUGCCAAGUGGAGGCGGUGGUGGAUACGGAGGAGGCGGUGGUUUUGGAGGAGGAGGUGGAUUUGGCGGUGGACACGAUGAUCAUCACGGAGGUGGAGACUUUGGAGGAGGCGGUGGAUACGGAGGGGGCGGAGGUUUGGGAGGAGGAGGUGGGUUUGGCGGUGGACACGACGAUCACCAUGGAGGUGGAGGAGGCGGUGGAUACGGAGGAGGCGGUGGAUACGGAGGAGGCGGAGGAUUUGGAGGAGGAGGCGGCGGUGGCCACGAUCACCACGGGGGAGGAGGCGACUUUGGCUCCUCAGGAUUUGGCGGUGGAGGCGGAUUUGGUGGAGGAGGCGGCUACGGAGGUGGUGGUGACCACCAUGGAGGAGGCAGUAUCGAUUUCGGCAGUAGCGGAUUUGGCGGCGGCGGUGGAUUUGGCGGAGGAGGAGGUUAUGGAGGCGGUGGAGGUGGUGGUCACGACCAUCAUGGUGGAGGAAGCGACUUCGGAGGAGGAUUCGGAGGAGGAUUCGGAGGAGGAGGUGGUUACGGCGGCGGUGGUGGACACGGAGGAGGCGGUGGUCAUGAUCACGGAGGCGGUGGAGGUGGAUACGGAGGAGGCGGUGGACACGGAGGAGGCGGUGGUCAUGAUCACGGAGGAGGCGGAGGUGGUUACGGCGGCGGCGGUGGAUACGGAGGAGGCGGUGGUCACGGAGGAGGCGGUGGUCAUGACCACGGAGGAGGUGGAGGUGGCCAUGGCGGCGGCGGUGGAUACGGAGGAGGUGGAGGAGGCGGAGGAGGAGGUGGAUUCGUUGGAAUAAUUCAUGACCACCUUGGUGGAGGUGGCGGAGGAGGCCACGGUGGUGGUGGAGGAUAUGGAGGAGGAGGCGGACAUGGAGGUGGUGGAGGUGGUGGCCACGGCGGCGGAGGAGGACAUGGAGGCGGAGGUGGACAUGGAGGCUAUGUAUACUAGGCAUCGGAAACAUUAUGUAAUACCUCUUUCAAAAGUCUGUUUAUGUUAAGUAGAAUGUUUUAUGUGAAGUGUUGUUGUUGAGAAUGUCUGUUAAUAGUUUUAUUUUGUAAAUAUUUUUUUUAUUUUUGUAAUAUAAUUUGUUAAACAAAUCA